AUGACCUGCGCUGCUGCCGCAGCCCCUUCUGGCUGUCAAAGCCUCGAUGACCUGCUCUCCUCCCACUGCCCCUUCUGGCUGUCAAAGCCUCGACGACCUGCUCUGCUGCCACAGCGCCUUCUGGCUGUCAAAGCCUCGAUAACCUGCGCUGCUGCAGCAGCCACUUCUGGCUGUCAAAGCCUCAACGACCUGCGCUGCUGCCGCUGCCUCUUCUGGCUGUCAAAGCCUCAACGACCUGCACUGCUGCCGCUACCCCUUCUGGCUGUCAAAGCCUCGACGACCUGCUCUGCUGCCACUGCCCCUUCUGGUUGUCAAAGCGUUGACGACGUGUGCUGCUGCCACUGCCUCUUCUGGCUGUCAAAGCCUCCACGACCUGCUAUGCUGCCACUGCCCCUUCUGGCUGUCAAAGCCUCCACGAUCUGCUAUGCUGCCACUGCCCCUGCUGGCUGUCAAAGCCUCGAUGACCUGCGCUGCUGCCGCAGCCCCUUCUGGCUGUCGAAGCCUCAACGACCUGCGCUGCUGCCACUGCCUCUUCUGGCUGUCAAAGCCUCGAUGACCUGCUCUGCUACCACUGCCCCUUCUGGCUGUGAAAGCCUCGACGACCUGCUCUGCUGCCACAGCCCCUUCUGGCUGUCAAAGGCUCGAUGA